CCGCCGCGCCCGAGGCUCCGGGGCCGCAGCUGCUCGGCGCUGGACUCGCCGCGGCCCUGCGCCUCCGCCCGCCCGGCCGCGCCCCCGGGGGCCAUGGUCGCGGGGCCCUGCGCGGGGGCGGCCCCCAGCGCGGCGCUUCAUGGAGCGGCCCCGGCCCGGCCGCCGGGGGCAGCGCGAUCCCGCGGGGCCCUGUGAGCCCCCCCGCGCCGCGGCACCAUGUUGCUGGUUGAGAAGACGGCCGACUCUCCGGCGGCUGAGUUCUCACUGGUGGAGGACGUGGCGCUGCACUUCGCCUGCUUGAUGGGCCGCCUCAACGAGCAGCGCCUCUUCCAGCCCGACCUCUGCGACGUGGACUUGGUGCUGGUGCCCCAGCGCAGCGUCUUCCCAGCACACAAGGGCGUGCUGGCCGCCUACAGCCAGUUCUUCCACUCGCUCUUCACCCAGAACAAGCAGCUGCAGCGUGUGGAGCUGUCCCUGGAGGCACUGGCACCUGGGGGCCUGCAGCAGAUCCUCAACUUCAUCUACACGUCCAAGCUGCUGGUCAACGCAGCCAACGUCCACGAGGUGCUGAGCGCCGCCUCACUGCUGCAGAUGGCUGACAUUGCUGCGUCCUGCCAGGAGCUGCUGGAUGCCCGCUCUCUAGGCCCACCAGGCCCCGGCACUGUGGCCCUGGCCCAGCCGGCCGCCAGCUGCACCCCAGCUGCACCACCCUACUACUGUGACAUCAAGCAGGAGGCCGACACCCCAGGCCUGCCCAAGAUCUUCGCCCGAGAGGGCCCCGACCCUUUCUCUGUUCGUGUUGAGGACGGGGCAGGGGCUGCUGGCAGCACAGGCCCCGCCAUCAUUGGGCCAGCCCAGCCUUUCUUCAAGGAGGAGAAGGAGGGUGGUGUUGAGGAGGCCGGCGGGCCCCCCGCCAGCCUGUGCAAGCUGGAGGGUGGGGAGGAGUUGGAGGAAGAGCUUGGGGGUUCCGGCACCUACAGCCGCAGGGAGCAGUCCCAGAUCAUUGUGGAGGUGAACCUCAACAACCAGACACUGCACGUGUCCACAGGGCCAGAGGGGAAGCCAGGUGCCGGGCCAAGCCCAGCCACCAUGGUGCUGGGACGGGAGGACGGGCUGCAGAGACACUCAGAGGAGGAGGACGACGAUGAGGAAGAGGAGGAGGAAGAGGAGGAAGAGGAAGGCGGUGGCAGUGGAGGGGAGGAGGAGGAGGAGGAGGAGGAGGGCGGCAGUCAGGGAGAGGAGGAAGAGGAGGAGGAGGGGCACAGUGAGCAGGAGGAAGAGGAGGAGGAGGAGGGGCACAGUGAGCAGGAUCAAGAGAGCUCUGAGGAGGAAGAGGGGGAUGAGGGGGAGGCUGGGGCCAAACAGGGUCCACGGGGAAGCCGAGGCAGCCGGGCAGACCCCCCUCCCCACAGUCACAUGGCCACGCGGUCCCGGGAGAAUGCCCGGCGCCAGGGCACCCCUGAACCUGAGGAAUCUGGGCGGCGGGGUGGGAAGCGGCCAAAGCCCCCCUCCGGAGUGGCCUCUGCACCGGCCCGCGGGCCGCCAGCUACUGAUGGGCUGGGGGCCAAGGUGAAGCUGGAGGAGAAGCAGCACCAUCCGUGCCAGAAGUGCCCACGAGUUUUCAACAACCGCUGGUACCUGGAGAAACAUAUGAACGUGACCCACAGCCGCAUGCAGAUCUGCGACCAGUGCGGCAAGCGCUUCCUGCUGGAGAGUGAGCUGCUGCUGCACAGGCAGACGGACUGUGAGCGCAACAUCCAGUGUGUGGCGUGUGGCAAAGCUUUCAAGAAGCUCUGGUCCCUCCACGAGCACAACAAGACUGUGCACGGCUACGCAGAGAAGAAGUUCUCCUGUGAGAUCUGUGAGAAGAAGUUCCACACCAUGGCACACGUGCGCAAGCACAUGGUUGCCCACACCAAGGACAUGCCCUUCACGUGUGAGACCUGCGGGAAGUCGUUCAAGCGCAGCAUGUCUCUCAAGGUGCACUCGCUGCAGCACUCCGGGGAGAAGCCGUUCAGGUGUGAGAACUGCAAUGAGCGCUUCCAGUACAAGUACCAGCUGCGGUCACACAUGAGCAUCCACAUCGGCCACAAGCAGUUCAUGUGCCAGUGGUGCGGCAAGGACUUCAACAUGAAGCAGUACUUCGACGAGCACAUGAAGACCCACACAGGAGAGAAGCCCUACAUCUGCGAGAUCUGCGGCAAGAGCUUCACCAGCCGGCCCAACAUGAAGCGGCACCGGCGCACGCACACGGGCGAGAAGCCAUACCCGUGCGACGUGUGCGGCCAGCGCUUCCGGUUCUCCAACAUGCUCAAGGCGCACAAGGAGAAGUGCUUCCGGGUCAGCCACCCGCCUCCCGGCGACGGCGCCCCCGCGGCCCCAGCCCUGCCCCCGGCGCAGCCCCCGGCGCACGCGCUGCCCCUGCUCGCGGGGCUGCCCCCGCCCCUGCCGCCGCCGCGCCUGCCGCCGCCGCCCCCGCUCUUCCCCACCGCCGCCAGCCCGGGCGGGCGGAUGAGCGCCAACAACUAGCUGCGGACCGUCACCCCUGCGCCCGCGGGGCCUGGAGCCGGGGCCGGACCGGGAGGGGCGCGCCGCCUUCCCGGGAGCGCAGCAGCGCGGCCGGGCCCUGCCCCGCCCCCAGAGCGGCUGGAUGAGUCCUCCGGGCCCUGCCCAGCUUCCAGAGCGGCUGGGUGUGUCCUGCCGAGGCCCCGACCGUGGGGGCCGUGCAGGCUGGCGCCCGAGCUGCUGGAGGGCACCUCACUCCCAAGUGCCCCCCUUCCUGUGACUCCAAGCCUUGACUGCUUUUCUUUUUUUUGGAAGUGAAGGAAGGAGACUGCGGCAUCUCCCUCCAGGUGAGGGGGUGCUGGAGGCCCGCAGCAGAAAGAAAGGGGCCUGGGCAGCAGGCGUGGUCAGUCCCUCUGCCAAGGCCUGAGCCAGAGGGGUUGGCCAGGUGGAGCCUGGGUCGGCCUCCGUGGCCUCUCCGCGUGUCCCCUAUGCCCCUAAUUUGCUUCCUCUUGGAGGGUUUGGGGAGGAGUUGGUGUACCACCCCCUCAACCCUUGCGGAGUUGCAAACCCAGUCUGAGGGCCGCAAGCACGAGGCAGGGCCUGAGACUGGACCCGGGCGACCGUGUGGGGUUGGGGUGGUGAGGUUUGGAGGCUACGGACCGGCGCUGCACUGUGUGGAGCGGGGCAGGCAGGGGCUGGACCCCAGGGACUUGCCCUCCCCACCCACCCCCUGCCUGCAGGCCCAGGGAUCCCUGACUCACACCAGGUGGCACCAAGGGCCCUGAGCCCUGGUGAUGUCCGCAGAAGCGGCUGCCCCUCAGCACUGUCAGCCAGGCCCCUGGGUGGGCAGACAGGCUGGCUGGCACCGGCUCUGGGGUCAGAAUCCUGGGAGGAGGCUCGGACGGUCUUGGUUUCAAGGUGCUAUUAGUGAGGCGGGGGCAGGGCAGCUGCUCACAGAGCACCCUAGUUCCCUCACCAGCUGCCCUGGCCAUAUAUCCCACACCAGGAGGAACUAGUGUGGCUGUGUCUGUCUCUGCUCCCCAAAGGCCACUCUAGGCCCUGCCGAAGCCUGUCCCUGGCUGGCUCCAGCAUCCUCGCCCCUCCGGGGCCUCUGCACCGGCGGGUGGGGCGCCCACGACACUGCCGGUAAAGGAUCCUGCCUGUUGAGGCCCCUGGGGGGCCGGGGGGCUAGAAGGCGCAGCCUAGACCCACUGCUUGCCCCCAUGAGGCUAGCACUAAUAGGAACCCCUUUUUUGUUGUCAUUUAACGUCUUUAUUCCUGCCUUUAAUAUGGGAAGGAAGGUUCCAUAAGCUACAUGUUCCUGGUUAAGCUCUUUCCUAUUGUGUUUAUAAGUUUUGUUUGUUACACUCUUUGCACCUUAAUCCCCCACCACUCCCGACACUAUUGCCUUCCCAGCAUGGCUGGAGUGGGAAGAGGCUUGGGCCGCCAGGAACGGUCAGGGGACUGAACUCCUCUGACCUCCUUGUGAGGCCCAUGGCGCUGGGGCAGGGAGCUGGGGACAUUUUAAUCAUCAAUAAACGAAGCACUUUAUUCUGUACAGAUUUGGGCAGGCCCAAGGUGCCCGAGUGAUCUGAGGAUUUAUAAUCCAAGCCACAGCACCCUGGUUGUCCUCUGGGCUUGGAGGGGACAGUGCCAGCAGCUUCCCUGCCCCACUGAUGUGGCUGUAGACUUAGGCUCCACCCCCCCGCUGUCCCUGAGGAGGAAGGCUUCCGGUCAGGUCCCCUGCCCCGAGGCUGGGGACGCCAGGCUGCUGCUUUGCUGUAGCUCUUUUUCUUCCUUGCACUCCUUAUCUCUGGGUUUCUGUGAUGUCCUCAGGGUCCCCUCCCUCCCGUUGUUGUUUCUAACCUCUGGUCCCAGUGCCUGGCAGCUCUUCGGAGCUGGCUCACAUUUUUCCAAAAAAAGUUGAUCUCCCAGUGGGCUGUAGGCAGGAACCUCCAUGGGUUUCCAGCCCCCCGUCACUGGCACCAGGGUCUCCCAUAGGGGCUGGUGGCAUCAUCACCUGCUGGCCCCACUACAGCCUGAGUGGGCCUGAGUGUCCCUGGCCAGGCUGAGACCUGUCGGGCCAUACUGACAAGCAGGGGUCAGAGACAGCUGUGGGGAUCUGGUAAUGAAACCCUGUCCCGGGACUCGGGUUUCCUGUUCUUGUACACUUCCUCUCUGGCAGCAGGUGAGGGGUCCAGACAGCUGGCCAGGGACUGGUCAAGAUGGUCACGGGAGCUCCAGGUGGGCACAACCAGCCCCUCUCCUGGGAGACCCCUGUCCCACUGGGAUAGGAGCCCGCGUCCCUGGUGCUAAACACUUCACUCGGGCAGUUGCUGGUGGGGGUUCCUUUCUGGCCAGAUCACAAGGCCAGAAGCAAUAAUGGCACCUCAGCAGUGCCGGUAUGGAUGGGGGUUCCUGUUUUCCAGCUUUUAUAUCUCCUUUUUACUUUAAACAGUGUGCCCCCAGAUGUCAGAAUGAGGCGACUGGGGCACCAUCCCCACUUCCCAGGGCUGGGAAAGGGGAACACAGGAUCAUCCCCUCUCAAGGAGACUGUGGGGGUCCCACGGUCCAUUUGGCCAGAACUCAUGACUGAAGUCUGGGCUUGCCCCCUCCCCAGCUCCUUGGGGCUCUCUAGUCUCAGGCCAGUUGGGGAUGGGUGGCAAGAGUGGUGAACUCAAGCCCUAUGGCCACAGUUCUGGGAGCCUUCGACCCUGGCUCACGCUCCCACAGUCUCCCCGGUGCCCUUCACAGAGGACUUGGUGGUGGCAGAAUGGCCGUGCCAUUCUCAGCAUGUGCUGAGACCAUUGACAUCUGGUCGUGUACAGGCGGCCCACAGCCCCAGAGUGUGGGCAUCAAGGCAUGCAAGUGAGAAGAGCAAAGGGGAAUAAAGUCAGUACAACUCC